AUGUUGAUUAUUCUCUUGAUCAGUUCAUAUUUUCUUCUAAUUCAUGGUUUAACAGUUGUUCUUAACGAAAAAGAUUUAAUUAACCCGAUCGAGAAAGUCCUUGUAAUCGAAAAUGAUCUCUUUGUUGGCGCAGGCAAUGCACUUCAUCAUUUAUCGAUAAACAACUUCACAAAACUUCAAUCAUCAUUAAACUUCCCAUCAGAUUAUCAUUUCAAAGUUUUGUCUGUAAUUCACGACGGGAAUUUACUUGUAUGUGGAACAUCAAAUCAAGGUUCAUGUCAAAUUCUUAACAAAGAGUUCCAGUGGAUUAUCAAUUCAUCGUUGCCAAUUGUCGCCAAUGAUCCAGUCAAUAGUACAAUCGCUUUGAUCAUUCCCGAGAAGAAUCUCGUUUAUUUCGGUGUCACUUACACGAACGAAGGUUUGUAUCGGUGGCAGAUUCCGAAUCUUUCAGGCCGGUCGCUGAAUUUGACGAAUUUUAUGAAAAUUUUAUCAGUUAAUGAUGAUGAUACAAUCUCCCGAGAUGAUUUAUCACUUCGUUUCAUGCCCAGACAGCAAACGACAUUUAUUGUUCAGUAUAUUUAUUCGUUUUAUCAUAAGAAUUAUAUUUAUUUUCUUACGAAUCAACCGACUGAUGUUGAUCAGACGACAAUCAUAACAAAAAUCGUUCGUUUUUGUCGAAAUACUUCCACGUCAAUUAUUCGCUCAUAUUCUGAAAUGCCUCUUGUUUGCUCCGAUGCUGAUUGGAUCUUGAAAUCAGCGCAAACCAUCGUCGACAACAACGAUCAAUUGAUUUUAAUCGGACUUUUUCAAAAGCGAGAUGGUUCUAGCGGAACGAAUGUUUGUUCAUGGAAAAUCUCCAAUGAAAUCGAUCAAGCUUUUCAAGACAAUUAUCGAAAUUGUUAUUCAUUCGGAAUCGGACAACGUGGAUUAAGUUUUAUCAAACCUAAUGAACCUUGUCGAAAAGACGAAAGUUGGUCAAUUGGAAUGACUGAUGAUAUAUGUCCAUCGAUUAUUAGUGACCGUUUACCUUAUCCCGUUGGAGGAAUAAAUCCAAUUAUCGGUCGAUUAUUCUACGAGAAUACAGCUGAAAAUUCCAACGGUAUGCAGCUGUAUUCAUUCGGUUCAUCAAUUCUUUUCUUACAAGGAUUAACCAAUGGGACUUUCAAAUUGGGAAUAUUGGACUUUUUAUUGAAUAUUAAGUGGAUUUAUUCUUAUGAUUUACCAACUCAAUCAGCAAUUUUACCUGAAAUGUUAUUUGAUAAUCGCACUGCAAGUUUCAUCUUAUCAUCUGAAUCAAAGAUCUAUCGUUUAUCAUUCUCUGCUGAUUGUUCAUCGCGCUUGUCAUGUGACGAGUGUUUGUCAUCAUCAACUAAUCUCUUUUGUGGCUGGUGUACAUCAACUGAACGAUGUACGGUGUUAAAUGAUUGUCCGAAGAAUUCUUGGCAACAAGAGACUAAUCAAUGUAUACAAAUGCUUAAUGUUCAACCAUUGAAAGCUUCGCUUGAUCAAAGUCAAUGGAUUAACAUAACUCUAUCAAAAUUACCGCAAUUGGAACAUAAUGAAAUUUAUCAAUGUAUUUUUUCGAAUGGAUUUUUCUCUGCGAAUAGCCAAGCGAUUAAAUUAGAUGCAAAUCGAUUAUCUUGUCCUACGCCGUUGAAUAAUAUCAAAAGAAAUCAACAAAUCGAGAAUGAGUUUCAAGUUCGUUUUUCGGUGAUUAAAUGGCCAUCGAACACAAGUAUCGCGAUGAUUAAUAAUUUUACGUUUUAUGAUUGUGCGUCUUACUUGUCAUGUGAAACAUGUCGAUCGAAAUCGAACUGCCAAUGGUGUUCAGAUCGAUGUUCGUCAUUUUGUAAUGAAGUUAUCUCGAAUCAAUGUCCGACAUUUAGUCUGGUGAAUUCUUCUGAGAGAUUUAUCGAAGCAGGUCACUCGAUUGAUAUUUCUUUGAAAUUUGCAAAUACAAUUCAAACAAGAUUAGAUUGUCGUUUGAAUGAAACAAUUUUGGGCGUGAUUAAUGAACGACAGGUGUGUCGAAUUCCAAAAAUUCCGGAGAUAAUCGACGAGAAAAAUGAGCAGUUGUUAUUUUUAUCUAUUUACGAAAAUAAUAUUCCGAUUGGUACUCCAAUCAAAAUGUUUGCUUAUCGUUGCGAUCUUUACGAAUCGUGUGAUCAAUGUCAGUCACGUUCAACGUGUUCUUGGUGUCAAGGAAAAUGUUUCUCGAACAAAGAAACUCAAUGUUUCCCAGAUUCAGCUUGUACAUCACUGAAAAUCAAGGAUUUCUCUCCGAAAAUUCUUCCCUUAAAUGGCGAAACAAUCGUUACGAUUGAUUUAAAUGAAGAUUUGCAUAAGAAAAUCCUCGAAAUUACACUUGCAGAUAUUCCGUGCUCAAUCACGACGAUUUCCAAUCGAAUUGAAUGUCGAGCAAACCCGUCGAAUUCUUCUCGACAAGGUCUAAUUAAAAUUCAAUUCGAAAGUUCGAUUACGAUUUUCUCGAAAGAGUCGAUCGAAUAUCGCCGAGCGACGAUCAAUUCAUUUCAUCCGGCGAUUGUUUAUGAAUUCGGUGGACAAAUGUUUCAAAUUCUUGGAAAUAAUCUUCUCAUCGGCAAUUCGCAACAAAUCUUCAUUGGAAAUUCUCAAUGUCUGACAACGAAACAAACAAAUUUAAAUGCUCUAACAUGUCGUUUACCUUCAUUAUCAUCGGGAUUUUACAAUGUAACGGUUAUUAUCGAUAGGAAGACUAUUUUAAACAAUGGAAUUUAUUUGAAAAUUACACCGAAUCCGAUCGUACAAGAUAUCAAUCCGAUUAAUAGUUUUGCAAGUGGAGGUCGAUUGGUCACCGUUCGUGGAAUGUAUUUUGGUUCUGCUCAAACAAUUCAAGUCGAGUUUUCCUACCGAAACUGGAACACAAGGUUGAAAAUCGAUCCAGUAGAUGUCGUCUCAUCUGACGAUGGAUUGAUUUCUUCGUUUACUCUUCGUACACCGGGAAUCCCUUCGACAUCCGAUGAAUUCAAUUCACCUCCUGUUGACGUGGACUUUACUCUUUACUUUGACAAUUCUAUAAUUUUGCCAAAUCUCAUUCAAUUUCAUUACAUCGCCGAUGUUUUACUAAAUAUUUCAUUAAUUCCUCCGACAUUACCUUAUACAGGCGAAGAACUUAAGUUACAAGUCGAAAAUCUGACUGAAGCUGCAUCUAUGGAUGAUAUUCAGUUGUUAAUCGGUUGUACCGAGUGUAAACUUAAAACCUUUACAUCAAAAGGAAUAACUUGUCAACCACCACACCAGUUAUUAACAAAUAUUCCCAUACUUCUCAAUAAUCAACAGCAACAAGUGGACUGCUCAAUGUUCAAUUCUUCCAUUGCUCCAAUCCGCUUUCGAAUUGGUUUUCGUGAAUAUUUGAUCGGUUAUUUGUCCUACAAACAUUUCUUAUCUUCCUCUCGAUAUUCCGUUGGAACAAUUAUCUAUUUAUCAAUCGCCAGUUGUUUAUUAACCAUUGCUUUGUUAACAGUUAUUAUUUGCUUAUAUAUUAAAUAUAAGAAAUCCCAAGAAAAAACUUUAUCUUUAUCUCCAAUUCAACCUAAUGAACAAAAAGCAGACAAACCAUUUUGGUCAACUGCAACCUCAGCCAAUGCCGGACCUUAUUAUCAAGUUUACGAACAGAUAUCUUCGUCAUCCUCACAUCAAAAUACUUUAACGCGUACGCCGUUAAUUGUUUGUCCCUAUCAUCAAAAUUAUUCGACAUUAUCGUUGAUUCAACAGUUACACAAUAAAUCAAGUUUCUUGAAAACCAUUUCAGUCGAACAUGAACGGUUGAAAAAGUUGAUCUACACAUCAAAUCUUCGAUCGAAUCCUUAUAAUCGCCGUCAAUCAAUGGAAUAUUUCUAUGAUUUACUCGGCAUGACACCAUUUUCUGAAGCUUUCAUUGAUCAAUUAUUACUGAAAAAUGAUCCCGAUCUGUACAAAUACUAUAUUUAUAUAUUUCGUUAUUCUCCAAUAAACUUCCAACGAUUUCCUCCAAAACGUGACGUUAACUUCUUGAAAUUCAUCUCCACAUAUUUCCUUCAAUCGAAAAGUAACUUAAUCGAGAUAUUUCAUCUAUUUGAUACACUACUUGACAAUUUAAUCGACUUUCUCGAUUCUGCUCCUUGUGACCAACUUCUGGAACGUUCAAGUAAAUCGUUUUCCUACGCAACAUUAUUAUUAAAUCCAACAAUCGAUUAUCAUCGCUAUGAAUUAUCAAUAAAUUAUGAAAAUCAAAUCCAGUUCCACCUAUCUGUUUUGGAUUGUGAUACCAUUGAUCAAGUGAAAAAGAAAAUUCUUCAUUAUUUGAACUCGUCGGAAUCGAUUGAAUUGAUUCUUCCAUCAUCGAAUGUUUGUUUAUGUUCACAAGAAAUGCCUCAAGUGAAACACUAUCCAAUUAAUUCGACAAUUCUUUGCCGAAAACGAUCAACAUGGAAUCAAUUUUCGGAUAAAUCAAACUCGUAUGGUUAUCAUUUAUGCAAAGAAAAUCAAUCAAUUCAAGACGAACAUUUUCUUCUUGUACGAUUAAAAGAAAAUAAAAAUGAAUUUAAUGAAAGAUUUCUACGAAAUUUUUACCAAAAUCUUCUCGGUGGUAUCAAAUAUCUUUCCAUUGAUUCAUUUGAUGAUUACAUUCAAUUGAUCAGCGAUCUUAUUCGACAUUUACAUUUUCUAUUAAUAUCAAGAUCAAAUUGUCCAAUAAUUCAAUCAUGUUUAAAUGUUAUCGCCGAUGGUUUAGAAUAUAUUUUUGAUACUCAUGAUAAAGUUUUUCCAAGAUUGAUUCAAGAUUUAUUCGAAGACGAUCGAAAGUAUUUUCAAACAUUUCAAACAAAUUCAUUUCAAUUAUCAGCACCACCUUUGAGAAAUUCUCUAUUAUUGUCAUCAAUGGAUGUUCGAUCAUUGAUACUUGCAGAUCAAACAGCAAUUGAUUGCCUUUUUAAACUUUAUCAAUUUUAUGAACUGAAUAGUGAAACGAUAAAUCAACAUAUUGGAGAAAAUCAUGUCAGUGUUUUAUUACCUGUUCAUCAUCUCUUAGUACAAAUUCGUCAAAUAAUUAAUUCAGAUACAAUGAAAACGAAUACAACGAUUAUUUGA